GACUGCUGUGAGGGGCGCUGCGUCGCACGCUACUGGGUACGCCCGCCCGCCCCGGGAGCUUGCGACCUGAACCUGGUCAAGGCGGCCCAACCUUCCCGCCCAGCUAGGGACAGAGAAAGCCAAAAGCAGCCUCAGCGAGGUGAAGCGCCCGGGGCUGCUGAGGACAGAUCAGAACUUUGCAGAGUCCGGGAUGUGCGGGGCGAAGUCGCUGAGGAUUUGACUCACCUUCUCCAUGCCCCUUCUCCUCCACUCCUCAUCCACUGGGCUCCGGGCCUCCAGCUGUCAACCCCCGAUUUCGUGACAGGGUGUGGCAAGCCCGAUUUCUGUUUGCAAGCACAGCCAGCAGCCCAAGAGCAAGGUCCCAAGGCUGGAUAUCUUUUGCCUCGGCUGCUUAGCCGGGGCCUCAGAGUCUUGAGCGCAGGGGACUCAGCGUAGGCCCGGGCGAAGCGUGGUGCGCCAUGGCGGUCCGGCAGCCGGUUCCCGCAGUGGACUGGGAGAUCGACGUGGAGAGCCUGGGGCUGGAGGAGGACGGCUGCGAGGCGCCACCGCCCACGCCGCCCGGGCCCAGCCCGCCGCCGGCCGACAGGGACGGCGAGGAUGACGACGACGCGGAGGACGAGGACGACGACGACGCGGAAGACGAGGGCGAUGGCGAGGAGGCGGGCGCGUCCCCGGGGGUGCCGGGCCGGCCGGAGCAGCAGGAUACCCUGGCGCCGAGGCCGCCUCCGGCGCCGCAGGCCUCGCCGGCGCCGGCCGGGCCCCCGGAGCGCGACGCGAACGCGGGCGGCGGCGGCGGCGCGGAGCCGCGCAAGCUCAGUCGCACGCCCAAGUGCGCGCGCUGCCGCAACCACGGUGUGGUGUCCUGCCUCAAGGGCCACAAGCGCUUCUGCCGCUGGCGUGACUGCCAGUGCGCCAACUGUCUGCUGGUGGUAGAGCGGCAGCGCGUCAUGGCCGCCCAGGUGGCGCUCCGGAGGCAGCAGGCCACCGAGGACAAGAAGGGGCUUUCCGGGAAACAGAAUAAUUUCGAGCGCAAAGCCAUGUAUCAGAGGCAAGUCAGGGCACCCAGUUUGCUGGCCAAAAGCAUUUUAGAAGUUCUCCUUGGAUUAUUCUACAACUGUCACAAUGUGUACAUAAUGAUCCAACUUUAGAAAAUAAAGUGACAUCAGCUCUAGGCUACCGCCCCAUUCCAUCAGAGACUUAUGUGGGAGGGAGUUUACCUCUACCUCCCCCAGUAAGUGACCGGAUGAGGAAAAGGCGGGCCUUUGCUGAUAAAGAGUUGGAGAACAUUAUGCUGGAGAGAGAAUAUAAAGAGAGGGAGAUGUUGGAAGCUUCCCAAGCUGCUGCCUUAUUCCUGCCCAAUCGCAUGGUACAUGGUUCUGAGUACAACUCCUACAAAAGUGCCUACAGUCCCACGGCAGUGGAACCGCCAAGCAAAGACUUCUGCAAUUUUUUGCCCACCUGCCUUGAUCUCACCAUGCAGUACUCAGGGUCUGGGAAUAUGGAACUAAUUUCUUCCAAUGUCAGCGUGGCCACGACUUACAGGCAGUAUCCCCUGUCCUCGAGAUUUUUAGUUUGGCCCAAGUGUGGCCCCAUUAGUGACACCCUCCUCUACCAGCAAUGCCUGCUGAAUGCGACCACGUCAGUUCAGGCCCUGAAGCCUGGGGCCAGCUGGGACUUGAAGGGAGUACGACUCCACGAUGGACUUGGAGCAGAUCAUGAUAUGACGCCACCGAAACUGGAAGGUUCUCUGGUGCUGCCUCACACUCCUGAGGGCCAGAUCUCAAGAAGUGACCUUCAGGGUCACCAGGCCGUCCCCGAGAGGUCUGCGUUCUCCCCACCCCGACGGAAUUUUUUGCCCGUUGUUGACACGGACUCCCUGGCAGCUCAAGGGCACGUCUUAACCAAGAUCAGCAAAGAAAGCACCAGGCACCCUCUGCCACUUAAACAUAAUCCAUUCCACUCAUUAUUCCAGCAAACUCUUAAUGACAAAUCAGGUCCCGAGUUGAAAACAUCAUCUGUCAAAGAGGCCUUUGAAGAGGCCCCUAAGAAACCCAGAGAGUGUUUAGUCAAGGAGAACCAGAAGUACACAUUUACAAUAGAUAGAUGUGCAAAAGACCUUUUCGUAGCCAAACAAGUUGGAACAAGACUCUCAGUGAAUGAACCGCUGUCAUUUUCUGUUGAGUCUAUUCUUAAGAGGCCUUCGUCUGCCAUCACUCAUGUCUCUCAGUGAAAGGCUGCUUAAAUGGGAAGCUGGAUUUUCUGCAGUCUCAGAGGAUUCUUACCAGUCACUAAUUUUUUUUAAAGAAAAAAGUUGAGAUGCUUGUAUAAAGAAAUUUCUAAUGUAAAUGAUGAUGAUUUUAAAAAAUUCUAUAUAUUCUUAUGCAUGUACUUUCCCUUACCACAUAAAUAUAUUUAAACUUAAAGAUGGAUAUUGCUGAUGUGCAAAUUGUGAAGUUUCAGGCUUUACAUAGCAUUUCAAAAAACAAUAAAAUUGACACUGUCUUCUAAAA